AAUCGCGUGAAAAAGGAAAAGGGAUUUGAUUUUCUUAUUUGACAAUCCCCCCAAUCCCCAAGCUGACGCGUUGCUGGCGCCGAGAGUCUCGGAGGUCUAAAGGCACACUGUCAGAUCAUCCGAGACCCCGUCAGCCUUUUGCAUGAAAUACAGGCCUUCCUCUCAGUGAUAUCCCGAGCACCAACAGCAGUUCCGGUCAGCCUCUUUGAUCUGUUUUCGAGCGCUAUCAUCUCGAAUCUAGAUCGCGUUGCUGACGCUUAGUCAGCCUUCUUCCCCCACGACGGCCGGAUGCAGAGGCAGCAAUUGAUCAGCAGCAGCUUGGAAGAAGCUUCGAAGCGCGCCCUGAAGCUGGAGCUGGCCUCCUCAUGCCUUCUGGAGCCUGAGAAUGAGUCAACAACUACUCCAGCUUCUAACACACGUGAAAAAAGUGGGUGCUGCCUUCGACAAGGGCCGAAAAUCCAAUGCCAAACAAGCGAGCUACUUCCCCAGUACCGAAAAUGUCAGCUUUGUGCCUAUCUCCCCACUUAAGGACACCCUGCCCGUGGAGCUACAGAUCCAGAUCUUCGCCCACUGUCGCAUCCAAGACCUGCUGCAGCUGAAACUGGUCUGCCGAGCAUUCCACCAGAUCCUUAGCGUGCAUGAACGCCAGAUUUCUCGGAGAUAUCUCCGCCUACGAAGGCACGGAACCCUCCCAUCUCCGAUCCACAGCGAGAAGACGUAUACGAGAAACCCGGAAGAUGAUGUUGUGCUACUCUCGGACCUGUUUAUGCCGGCGAGUAGCGUCAAGGGGGGCCAUCUAUAUACAUUCCGAUACAUUCUCAGCCUGAGACGGCGACAGAAGCUCUGCUCUAGGCUGUGCUAUUAUCUUGCAGACCGUGUGAUGGACAGGCUGUUACACAGUGAGCCGGCAUUUAUUAAGGCUAAUUUCCCCACCAAGAGCGAGCGCAACGCCCUCGUAAAGCGUGGCAUCGCAAGUCUGUGGUUCAACUUGACCCCUCUCAUGUACUAUGUUCUCUAUUUUCUGGAAACGUACUGCUCGGCUCGGCGGGAGCAGACAAAUACCCUUCUGCGUGACUUUGAGACCCGACAGCUCCCAUUUCCGAUCCCUCUCAACAAACGCAAGACGAUGAACAAGGCUCUACAGCUUGAGAUCAUCCAAUCGCCUCCUUUCACCGACACUUCGACACUAAUCUCUACCCACCAUUGCAUGCAGCUGCUCGUCUCCUACUUGUGCCAUACUGUGCCUCCGGACGAAUCGAUAGUACCGGACAACAGCUGGAUUCACUCCUUACUUACAAUCUCGCCAUUCAUACGAGUUGUGGAAUAUUUCUCCGCCGAGAUCGGGGACGGCGGCAACCAACGACUCCAACGUAAGGAAUUCAUGCAAAACUUCCAUAAUGAUCUCCGGGGAAGCGAGAAAGACGAGGUAAGCUCGCUGAUUUUCGAGAAUCCCGUCGGUGGGCACCAGCACUCAUCGAUUAACGAUGUUUGGUUUGAUGCUGCCAAACAGGAAUUGGCUCGAAGAAAUGCCUUGCCGCAUGACAUGGAGCCCAUGUGGAUCUGCAAUGGGAUACCUAUCCUUUUUGGCUGCCCAGAUUGUAAUGAUUCAGUGGGCUGGCACGCAUGAUAUCUGCACACAAUGUAGCUUUAUCUUGUACAUUGAUCAUAUUCUAGACAGUAUAAACAAUCCGAGAUAUAUAUUAUGAUCUGGUA